CCCGAGAACCCAGCCCCAGGCUGGGCCCCGGGAGGCGCCCGCCCACGGCAGCACGCCCCGCCCCCGCGCCCCGCGUCCUCACGCCCUGGUCCCGCCCUCGCGCCCCGCGCCCGUCCUCCCGCUUUGGUCCCGCCCUGAGGCUCGGCCCCCCUCCCGCGCCCCGGAUUUGAAAUCUAGCUCUUCCUGAGAGGCCGCGGGCUUCCGCUCCCAGCGCGGGAUUCUGGAGGGAAAUUGAGGGAGACUUGGAAACCGCGCCAGGCCCAGCGGGUACCUAGAAGGGAGACAGAGCCAGGCCUGCUGCCCAGUUUGAGCUCUGGGAAGAAGAGGAGCAGGCCGGGACGCCCACCGAGGUAUCCCAGAGGUGACAGAACUUGAUCUGGGCCUGGAAGGGGAAGAAUUUGGGAAAAGCAACGUGGGGCAUUCCAGUAGUAAUUGAUAGAAAUAUUACGUGGGAUAGGAUUUAUUCUCUCCACACUUCUGGACCAAUGAAUAGAAAAUGGGAAGCAAAACUGAAGCAAAUUGAAGAACGAGCAUCUCAUUAUGAGAGGAAACCGUUGUCCUCAGUGUAUAGACCAAGAUUGUCCAAGCCAGAAGAACCACCCUCCAUCUGGAGACUAUUUCAUCGACAAGCUCAAGCGUUUAAUUUUGUUAAAAGCUGUAAAGAAGACGUUCAUGUAUUUGCUUUGGAAUGCAAAGUAGGAGAUGGGCAACGUAUUUACCUUGUGACAACCUAUGCUGAAUUUUGGUUUUACUAUAAAUCCAGAAAAAAUCUCUUACACUGCUAUGAAGUUAUUCCUGAAAAUGCUGUGUGCAAGCUUUAUUUUGAUUUGGAAUUUAACAAACCUGCCAACCCAGGAGCUGAUGGGAAAAAGAUGGUUGCGUUACUCAUUGAGUAUGUGUGUAAAGCACUUCAAGAGUUAUACGGUGUUAAUUGCUCAGCUGAAGAUGUUUUGAACUUGGAUUCUAGCACUGAUGAAAAAUUCAGCCGGCAUUUAAUAUUUCAGCUCCAUGAUGUGGCAUUUAAAGAUAAUAUUCAUGUUGGUAAUUUUUUGAGAAAAAUUUUGCAGCCUGCUCUUGACUUGCUUGGCAGUGAAGAUGAUGAUAGCGCUCCAGAGACAACAGGCCACAGAUUUCCCCAUUUUUCAGAAGCACCUGCAAGACAAGGAUUUUCUUUCAAUAAAAUGUUCACAGAAAAGGCUACAGAGGAAAGCUGGACAUCGAAUUCAAAGAAACUGGAGAGGCUGGGGUCAGCUGAGCAAAGCAGUCCUGACCUUUCAUUUCUAGUUGUGAAGAAUAACAUGGGAGAGAAGCAUCUUUUUGUAGAUCUCGGAGUUUAUACAAGAAAUAGAAACUUUCGGCUAUAUAAAUCAUCAAAAAUAGGAAAGCGUGUGGCUUUGGAGGUUACUGAAGAUAACAAAUUUUUUCCUAUACAGUCAAAAGAUGUUUCUGACGAAUAUCAAUAUUUUCUCUCUUCUUUGGUCAGCAAUGUCAGGUUCUCAGAUACUUUACGAAUUCUUACAUGUGAGCCAUCUCAGAAUAAACAAAAAGGAGUUGGAUAUUUUAACAGUAUCGGCACUUCAGUAGAUACCAUUGAAGGUUUUCAGUGUUCUCCCUAUCCUGAAGUUGAUCAUUUUGUUCUUUCUUUGGUGAAUAAAGAUGGCAUUAACGGAGGAAUUCGGCAUUGGAACUACUUUUUCCCAGAAGAAUUACUGGUUUAUGAUAUUUGUAAAUAUCGGUGGUGUGAAAACAUUGGAAGAGCCCAUAAGAGUAAUAAUAUAAUGAUUCUCGUUGAUCUGAAAAAUGAAGUUUGGUAUCAAAAAUGUCAUGACCCUGUAUGUAAAGCAGAAAACUUCAAAUCUGACUGUUUCCCAUUACCUGCUGAAGUAUGUCUCCUGUUUCUUUUCAAAGAGGAAGAAGAGUUUACAACAGAUGAAGCAGAUGAAACUAGGAGCAAUGAAACCCAGAAUCCUCAUGAACCAUCACCUAGCAGGCUGUCAACAGGUGCAUCUGCUGAUGCUGUCUGGGAUAAUGGCAUUGAUGAUGCUUAUUUUUUAGAAGCUACUGAAGAUGCUGAAUUAGCUGAAGCUGCAGAGAACAGUCUUCUCAGUUAUAACAGUGAAGUGGAUGAAAUUCCUGAUGAACUAAUUAUAGAAGUAUUACAAGAGUAACUAAUUCACUAUGGACACUUUUGUCACCAGGCUAUAAUUUGCCUGAUGUCUGUGAGAUUUGAUAAAUAUAUCAUUCAACCUGUUUAUAUAAACUAAGUUUUAUCACUUUGCUUUCCAAUUUUUGUUUUUUACUUCUGUAAACCAAUUUCAUUAAAAAUUAGCUUUGGUGUACUUAAA